AUGCGCGUUAUUCCGUAUAUUGUGCUGCUCAGCGUUGUUCUGGCAGAUUGGUGCAAGCCCACCUUCUCAAAUAUUCCUUAUGACCUGACUAAGCUUCAACGUAGUGACAGCGAUUACUAUGUAAAACUUUACAGUCCUGAUGAUAGCUGGAACAGAACGAUCGUCUUCAACGUUUGCCGUGAUACUGUUUCUAUUCCUCGCGAUAUCAAUGGAGGAAAUGGAUGUGAUGAGACUCCUCACACCGUUGAUGGAGACCAGGCCAUUAUGACAUCGGAAUCGGCCCCUGCCUUUUUGAUUGAGAAAAAGGGUGCCGCGAGUGCUGCUUGCUACAGAUUGGGUCUCCAGGCCAAUCAGCAGAAGAACAUGGACGUGGAGCUUUACGAUGUUACCGAUCCUGCGAUGGGCGUGAACAUCAAGUACACGGAGGGAGAUUACUGCUGCCCUUACCAUCAGUGCGAGAGUUAUCAGUACCGCCAGAAGUCUCUGACCGUGUCUUUCCGUUGCGCGGAUGCACGAACUGAUAUUCCGACGAUGUCGAGCAUCGAGACGAGCAACAACGAGUGCGACUACAAGCUGUACUUCCUGAACGUCAAUGCCUGCCCGACGAACUGCCCUGUGGUAGAUAACAACGUGUGCGGCUCCCACGGCGUGUGCGGUUACGACUCCAAUAUCAAGACCACCCGCUGCUUCUGUACUAUGCAGUACACUGGAGCAGAUUGCACGGUCUUCCAGUACAAGAGUCUCCUCAGUAUGAACACUUUGGUCAUCGUGCUGACAAUCGUUCUCACCCUGGUCACUAUUAGCACGAUCUUCUAUGUUUGGAAUAAGUUGCGGAAGAUCAAUGUGAACCCGGAUGCUUUCGAGAACCUGGAGAAUAAGUUCAAUGAGCUUGGACAGAUGGCUUAUUAA